GGCGGUGGGCGUGGCUGAAGAAAGAUGGCGGCGCCCGCGGCUGCGGCUGAGCCCCAGGCUUCCGGGGCUCCCCAACUCCCCGUGUGUCUGUUGGUGUUGGGGAUGGCGGGAUCCGGGAAAACUACCUUUGUGCAGAGGCUUACAGGACACCUCCACAACAAACGCUCCCCACCCUACGUAAUCAAUUUGGACCCAGCUGUGCAUGAAGUCCCCUUUCCCGCCAAUAUUGAUAUUCGUGACACCGUGAAGUAUAAAGAAGUCAUGAAACAAUAUGGACUCGGGCCAAAUGGUGGCAUAGUGACCUCGCUCAAUCUCUUUGCUACCAGAUUUGAUCAGGUGAUGAAGUUUAUCGAGAAGGCCCAGAACACAUUCAAAUAUGUGCUCAUUGACACACCUGGACAGAUUGAAGUGUUCACCUGGUCAGCUUCUGGGACAAUCAUCACCGAGGCCCUGGCAUCCUCAUUUCCAACAGUGGUCAUCUAUGUAAUGGACACGUCACGAAGUACUAACCCAGUGACCUUCAUGUCCAAUAUGCUGUAUGCCUGCAGCAUCUUGUAUAAAACCAAGCUGCCUUUCAUUGUGGUCAUGAACAAAACCGACAUCAUUGACCACAGCUUUGCAGUGGAGUGGAUGCAGGAUUUUGAGGCUUUCCAAGAUGCCUUGAACCAAGAGACUACCUAUGUCAGUAACCUGACUCGUUCCAUGAGCCUGGUGUUAGAUGAAUUCUACAGCUCACUCAGGGUGGUGGGUGUCUCUGCUGUGGUGGGCACCGGCUUCGAUGAACUCUGUGUUCAAGUCGCCAGUGCUGCAGAAGAGUACGAAAGGGAAUAUCGGCCAGAAUACGAGCGCCUGAAGAAAUCACUGGCCAGUGCCCAGAGUGCCCAGCAGAAGGAGCAACUGGAGCGCCUUAGGAAGGAUAUGGGCUCCGUAGCCCUGGACCCAGGGACCGGCAAAGACAGUCUGUCUCCUGCGCUGGAUCCUUCUGACUUGAUACUGACUCGAGGAACCUUGGAUGAAGAGGAUGAGGAAGCUGAGAGUGACACUGAUGACAUUGACCACAGAGUUACAGAGGAAAGCCGCGAAGAACCAGCAUUUCAGAACUUCAUGCAAGAAUCGCUGGCACAGCACUGGAAGAGGAACAAGUAGACGUCCCAGUGCUGCCAGAGGCCUGACGUGCUGGCUCUCCAUGCAGAGAAGGCCUUCCUGGGAGUCAGGGCUGCAGUCUAGCAGCUUCCUCCAGGAUAGUAACCUCUCUCAGGGAACUGGGACUUAGACGAAGUCAGGGUUGAAGGUGGAGCUGGCAGGUGGGUGCCCAUCCUUGGUUAGCUUCUCUCGGUAUUUAUGCAAGGAAGUGUAUUCUCACUGCUCCGGAAGCUGAUGACUGCUGAGCCUGAAAUUUCAAGCUGCAUCAUUGAACUCACUCAAGUACUUUUGCACUGAUGGGGUGGGAGACCUUCCCUCUUGAAGACGACUGGACUGGCCCCGGGGACUCAGCUCUGUAGCUGUGGCCUUUGGCUCUGCACCUUUAAUCAGAAUGGGUGCGGGGAAUGGAUUGAACAGAGGGGAGGUGUGGUGCCCUUGGCAGCCACUGCUGCUAGGGGAUAUGCUCACACAAGGUAACGACACAUUCUGAAGAAUCCUGUAUGGAUGGUGACUUGGAUAAAGUUUUUAACUUUAA